GCAGAAAUAAUUUUUCGAGAAAAAAAGAAUACAAGAAUACAAAGAAAGGAUGUUUCAGCAAAAGCAAGUAAAGGACUGGGAAGUAACACCACGCAGAACUACCGCUCUUAACCUUGGCAAUACCAAAAUCGCUGAGCAAUUGGAGGCUUUCAAGAAACACACCGCCGAGGUGGAAAAGGCGAAUGGACAAUGUUGCAAGAAAUUUAUCCGACUAAAGAACAAAGAUCGCUUGGUGGACGUGGCUAUGAUCCACAUCGAGAGUAGUCGUUCCACCAUUGUGAACGUGGAUGGGGUGCGCUUCCUGUGCCACGACGCGGUUCUUUCGUUUUUUUCGAAGCGUUUGACGGAGCAAAUGCGGAAGGGAUGCCUGUACUUCGAGACCCCAGAGCUGGCAUCUCGUGCAUUCGAUAAAAUAUACCGCUGGAUGCAUGGGGAGUGCAGCGUUGUGCAGAGCUUCGAUCUUGCAAUGCUCAGAGGGGCUCGAUUCCUGGCCAUUCCCGAAUUGCUCGAGCAGAUGUGGAAGCUGCUGGAGAAAAAGAACCCGACUGAGUACGAUGCAUUCGAGAUGCUCUGCAAGUCGCGCAAAGUGCACGAGAUCGAGGAGCUGCAUGGAAUGAUGGUGGAUCGCAUUACCAAGUCCACGCUGGUCAUCUUCUCCUCCAAGCAGUUCCUGCGGCUGAGUGAGACUCAAGUGUCGCUUCUUCUGAAGUCGGAUCGUUUGGCAGUCAACUCCGAAAUUGAAGUUUUGUACAGUGGCUUGUGCUGGCUGCGAUACAAGUGGCCCUUGCGUCGUGGCAGCGUUGGCAAGGUCCUCAAUAGCGUCCGCUAUGGGUUUCUCUCCAUACUCAUGCUGCAGAAGGUCUCGCUGGCGGAUCGCCCGCAGACCGGUCCGUUCGGAGAUAUCCUGGAUGUGUUCCUACAGCUGCCCGAGUCCAAGAAGAUCCUAGCUGAUGCCCUGAUCUACAGCAGCCUUCUAGCAACCACUGUAAUGGAGCCGCACUGUCUGAAGGAUAGGCUUGCCACCACCGGAAUACAGCUUCUUUCCUCUCGCCGCUGGAUGAUCGAUACGCGCUGCGAAUACCAUCGCCCUGUCUCCGCGACCAUACCGAACAUGUCCUUUGUGUCGUGGGAUGAGUUCAAAAACUACAUGUUUAUGCUGCAGACUGAGAAGACCAAUAUCGAAGACUUUCGUUGCGUGGAUGAACUGAAGCGCCAUAUCUGUCCGGGUUCGGAAAGCGAUCCGUCGGUUGCAGAGCUGGAGCCCUAUGGCUCCACAUCUUCGCAGACUUCGCUGCUGUCGGAGGACACGGACCAUGGAUCCACCACCAUUGUGGCAAGCAGCUUCAAGGACUCGUCAUCAGCAUCGGAGAGCGUCCUGACCUACACCGAGGAUACUGAAGGGUCCUUCUCGGAUGAGUAGGAUUCUCGUCGCAUACCACUGACGGGCCCUCGGCUGGAGACUUUCCCAAGGCCACAACCAAAAGGAAAAUAGUCCUUAAAUACCUAUUUGUUAUCAUUCCCAAAUAUCAUCAUAUUAACCAUCUGUCGUCCGUUUGUCCACUUCGAUAUGAAAAUUCAAAUUCAAUUGCUAAUAAAGCGUCAAAUAAUC